AUGCCAUCAUUAGAUGUACAAAUUCAAAAGCUAGAAAAAACGCUAUUAUCUAAUGAAGCAUAUAUUAACUAUUUGGAAAAAGAAAUCUCGAAUAGGGAUGAAGGGCUAGGAGAGCUAGAAAUUCUUCGUAAAAAUAAUAUGGACUUACAAAAACGCCUUAAAAAAGCAUUGUUAGAUACAGAGGCAAAUCGAGCCCAAGCCCAAAUCAAUCAAGAUGCCAAAACUAUUAUAAAAUUAAAUGCAGCAGCACGCAUAGCUGAUGAGGAACUAAGUUUGAUGACUAGAGUUUAUCAUAAUGAAAGGCAAGCACGUCGCAAUAUGCAAUCCUUAUACAAUAAAAAGAAUAGGCGGGUUGUUGAGCUAUUGCACGGAAAUGUUAAUUUUACUGAUGCACAUAAGGUAAGUGUAUUAUCAAGCAAAAUGGCUGGCCCUUACCAUCCAGUACCGGCACAAAAUGCUUAUGUAAAUCCUGCUGUAAAUAUUGAUACUCCAGCCCGUUUCAAUGCCUGGCUACUUUCAAAAUAUGCCGAAGAAAAUAUAGGCGGUAUGACUAUGGGCAUCCAGGCUCUACUAAGUGAAAAAUUUAGCCCAUUUGACACGCCUGAAUCAUAUCGAGAUAGAAUACGAAAAAUUUCUAUAGGAGUAACUGAUGCAAUAGCAGUACCAAUUCUCUUCCAGCAACUUCCACCAGAUUUAAUACAAUCUAAUGCACCUCAAAUUCCCGCAUCUGAAAAUAGCUCUGCUAGCACGGCUAAACCACCCCCUUUACCUCCGGGACAUGAUUAUAGGCUUGAGGAAUUCCGUAUAAAUCAUCUACCUCCAUUUUUAGAAGAAGAAUUUAAGAAAAUGUUCCCUAACUAUAAUGCUUAUCCAGGAACUGAAAAGUUAUCUUCUUUACCAGCAAGAUUUCUUAACCCAAUAGCAGAGAGAAAAUUUAAACUUGCAGAUCGUAUCAGGCAAAGUGCUUUUGCCGAAGAGAAAAGGUUGCAAGACCCUGAAAAUAUUGAUGAAUACAUCAAUGACGAAUUAUCCUCUUUGUAUGGGCGAAAUAUGAGUUUAGGAAAUGUACGUAGAAUCCCUUCAAAAAGACGCUCUCCAAAAAAGCCUGUUAAGAAACCAGGCAAGGCUAAGUACAAGAAGAAGAAACGUAUAGGUGCUAUUAAUAAUACCGUUGAUGAUAGAAUUUAUUAUCAAGAUGAUUCAGAAGAUGAUUCAGAAGUUGAUUCAGAAGAUUCUAAUACUGAAAGUGAGGAAGAAGAUGAAACCAAUUAUGGUCUUAUUGAUAUCUUCAAUACAGCCUUAAAAAUGAUGGUUGAAUAUUUUACUAAAUCAUAUAAUCAAGAUGUUCUAAGGGACGGUUUGAAUUUGCUUAAUUUGAAAUAUUUAGGGAUGAAAGAGAUACUUAUUUCGCAAUAUGCCAAUGGCUUUUCUUCCAAAGAGCAAGAAAAAAUUUGGAAUAACGUUACAAAGGAUUUUAAUGAAAUCUUACAACCAUGUAUUGAUACCGCUUUUUCAUCAAAUCAACCUAACAUUGUAAGGCAAGAAACGGCUGAUAUGCAGAUACCACCUCCUUCAGAAACAUUAACGCUGCCAACAGAGUCAUAUAAUCCGGAAUGGAUAAACCCUAUGCAAAUUGGCUUAAUUAAACGUCUUCCACCCAACGAUGUAUCAACUAUCCCAUGCGAAAUUGUUUUACCUAAUGGCGAAUUAUUUUAUAUUCCAGAAGCUGAUAAAAACCGCACUAUAGAAUUGGAUAAAAUUGGUACUAUAACCAGGACACUUGGUACCAUUUCUGGAUUAGGUAUUAAAGUUGGCGGAAAAAAUGGAUGCAUUAUUGAAGACGAUUUUGAUGAGAUUGAUGAAGAAGGGCUAUUACUAAUACUUGGUGUCCCAUGGCUUGAUAAAGCACGUGCCCUCCCUGAUAUUUCAUCCCGCAAAUGGUUUCCAUAUCCUUCUAAGCUUAAGGCACAUUUUUCUAGGAAAACUUCUUGCACUACUGGAAAUUUCCCAGUAGCUUUAAGCAGUGCCGGAAAUUUAUCAAAUUAUGAGAAAAAUGAAAUGGUUCCCAUUAGAUUAACUAUGGCUUAG